AUGAGUGCAGUUGCUGAUGCAGCGGUUACUAAAUCGGAGGCUCUCAGGGCACAUUUUCUGCAAUGGACCGUUGACAUCAGUAAAGUCAAGAGCCCUGAGGAGGAAUACAAACAAAAACGUCAAAUGUUGCGGCAUAAAUUCGACAAUGAGCUUCGCCAACUGGUGCAGCAUUCGCCUGAUCAGAUUGAGUACACCAGGCGGUCAGAUGCGAUGCUGCAACAUGCCGGCGAGCUUAAAGAACUAGAGAUCCAGUUCAGGAGGUCAGUCGCUCUACAGGAACAGCAAUUUGACGAACGACUAGAGGCAGCACACAGGAGGCUAGCUUGUGGUCUGUUCCAGGCAUUGGGGGAUACUCUAUGGGAUCAUUCGGUUUCGACUGCAUUAAACCAGUGUUUACAACCUAAAAGACCAAAAGCCGACGACGGUGGUGCAGAGGAAUGCAGCGAGGUGCUUGAAAAACGAAAUGGUGCGGAACAAAAUCCCGACGAGACAAUCGACCUGGAAAGGGACUAUACCCAGGGCUUGCGCCAAGUUGCAGACUACCCGGGGCCGCAGGACCAAAUCACAGCAUACGAUCAACCUUCCGCAGAGACAGUAUCUCUUGGCCAGGAAACAGAGCCAGAAGCACAGAUAAACCGAGCCAUGGAAGCCACAGAGGGAAAUAAGUCCCAGGCGACUCGGACCUCAGUCUCAGCUCCAACUCCAGAUGCGAGCCGGUCGUCUGAUUCUAACAGUCGGUUAGCUGAGAACUCGAAUCUCACAACUAUACCAAUCUCGCCGAUGAGCUUGAACCAAACUGGGGGAGCAACCCACCGAGAUACAAGGCAGACAUCAAAUGGGGCGGAUCAAUCAGCGCAUACUAUUCCAGUGGCACAUAAUCAGAACAACACAUCCCCUGGUCAACUGCCAAUGGCCCCUCUUGUCGCUCACCUUCGUGCCCCGUUAAAAAGGGUCUUAGCAGAAGCAUCCGAUCAACAACAGAAACGGAAAAGGCUGCACAUCAACUCCCCUGAUCCACCCGAAGAACGUGCCAUCAAGUUUGACCAAGUUUUCCAGAACGGAGACGCCCAAAUCAAGUACAUCAUCAUUCAGCAUCCCCCGGAUUUCGGAAACUGGUACAUCCUAGAGUGCAGGGAACACGGCAAACACUUUCACAAGGACCCAGUCAGGGAUGCUGCCCGGCAUUUAAUAAGCCAAGACCAUGGGCUGAACGGAGACCACUCCUUUGUCAUCAAGAUGCUUGGAACACGCGUUCUACACUGCAAUGAUGCAUUGGCCUCGAUGAACCACAGGAUAGCAAGACAAUCGUUUCCGCAGGCCGCAAAUGUCACACCUCAGCGGGUAACUCAAGGGAGGCGGAUGUUGCCAGAGGACUAUCAAGCCCAGGGCUGUGAAGUUAUUCCUGUUGCUGGCGAGAUAUACUCUUCAAAGUCGGCCACACAGGGCUAUACGUAUCCAGUUCUUGUUCUCCCAUGGAAAGCCUUUGAUCACGUUCCACGGAUGAGACAGCUACUGAAUAGCACUCCCUCAUGCUACGUCUUUGAUAAGAAAGUUGACCAGUAUCCUCGAGGUUGGGCUGAGGGUUACGAAGAUGGCGGUGUCAUGCUCACAAAUAGAUCUUAUCCUGUUGUUUACUUUGACAAGGAAGACUUCCCUGACCAAUGUAAUUUUGGUUGGGUGCCUCUGACAAGCUUCAAAGUUUACGAUCCUGAUCAUACUAGCGUUGAUCACUCCAGGGUUGUCAACCGAUAUCUCCGAAGGAAGGACCCUUGA